GAGAUUUGACAAAAUUCUCCGGCCGUCCAAACAAAUUCAAAAACCCCCAAAAUUCUGCGUAUGAAAAUCACUUUCACACUGGUGAAGGUUAGGGAGAUGGCAGUGGCAUGCAUGCACAUAUAGAUACAACACCUGUCAGAACCGUACGCACACAUCUAUAUAUGUACAUACAUCUACCCUCUUUCUCUCUCUAGCGUUCUGUUCCCCCUUCGUUUGGUCCGUCUUGAAUUCCCUACAAGACUCUAAUGUUGGACGAUACCGUGUAUGCAUCUGUUGCGGGAGUGGGUAGAAGCUUCUUCCCUUCUAGGCUGUAGCUUUAGUUCCGUGUAUACAUUUGUUGCGGGAUCAAGAAGAGUUGGGUGGUUGUCCAAAGGACCAAAGCUAUCUCCGCCUUUCUUGGCUUGUGCUUAAUCUUACCAAGAUUUCUUAUUUUCUUGUAUAGUAUGAUCUAUGGAUGCUUUAUCCAUCAGUUCUCUGCCCAUUUCCUAUGAUUUUCGAGAAUACUGCUGAUAUGGAGGAUUAUUUUCUAGCUUAUUCAAUAAAGGAUGACACAAAGCAAUAAUCAUUAAUACAUAAUUAUCAGCAUUCUUGAGAAAUCUGGUCAGGGAUCCUGGUAAAUUGAUUUGGUUCAAGCCUCCUUUGUUCUGUAAGCUAGAUUUAGGGGUUGUUUAGUGUUGAAUUUUCAGCAACAGAUAGCAGGAUAACCCGAAAACUUUCCGGUGGAGUUUAUCCCGAGUCGAUCUGUUCGCCAUAUGAACCGAUUUCUGAAAGAGACAUGGAGGCAUACCCUCCUUUUGUCAUUUCAAAGCCUUGGAGUGAUAUAUGGUCGCUUGAGCACAGCUCCCUUGUAUGUACUUGAAUCAAUUGAUCCAGAGGACAUUAGAUCUCCCAAUGAGAUACAUGAACUCUUCUCAUUUGUUUUCUGGACUUUAACCAUCAUUCCCUUGCUGAAGUAUGCUUGUAUUGUACUGAGAGCGGAUGAUGAUGGAGAGGGUGGUCCAUUUUCAUUAUAUUCGUUACUAUGUAGGCAUGCCAGGGUGGGGCUGCUUCCAAGCAAUAGAGGUUCAGACAAGAUUUUGCAUCAUGAGAAAGACAGCCCUUCCAAAGGCAAACUGGAAAAUAAAGCUAGAAGGGCUAUUGAAAAACAUAAAAGCUGUCACUAUUUACUGUUGUUCCUGGCUUUGCUUGGCGCUUGCAUGAUAUUAAGUGAUGCAAUUCUUACUCCGGCUAUUUCUGUGUUGUCGGCAACAUCAGGUCUUGGACGAUCAUUGGCAACCAUCUCAGUUAAAUUUUUCUCUUCAGAAAAAACGAAAGACCAUGUGGCAAAUGGCUUGAAGAAAUAUGUGCCAACUCCUGCAGCAUGUGCGGUAUUAGUUUGCCUUUUCACUUUGCAGCAUCACGGGACCAAGAGAAUCGGGUUCAUAUUUGCUCCGAUUGUCAUCAUAUGGCUUUUCUUCAUCAGCGGCUUUGGUCUAUACAACAUUAUUCAUUGUGAUCCUCAAAUCCUCCGUGCAGUCUCCCCUGUAUACUUGCUGAGGUUCAUGAAGAAAAUUAAUCUUCGUCACUGGAAACUACUUAGCAGCGUAGUCUUAUGCAUUGCAGGGUCGGAGGCAAUGUUUGCUGAUCUCGGUCAUUUUUCCAAGAAAUCUAUUAAGAUUACAUUUAUCUGCUUCAUAUAUCCUGUUCUUCUGUUAACUUAUGCUGGACAAGCUGCAUUCAUGUCAAAAUAUUUCAGUGCCGCAGAUGCUUUCCAUCUUAGCGAAUCUAUACCUAAUAAGAAUCUUCAGCAUGUAUUUGCUGUGUUAUCACUGUUUGCGUCAGCCGUAGGAAGUCAAGCUACCAUUACGGCUGGCUUCUCCAUCAUAAACCAGUGUCAGGCCCUUGACUGUUUCCCAAGAGUAAAAGUUGUCCAUACAUCUGAGCAAAUACUCGGGCAAGUCUAUGUUCCCGAUGUGAACUGGCUGUUUAUGACUUUGAGCUUAGCAAUCACCAUUGGUUUGCAUGAUGUAUCACAACUUGCCAAAGCAACAGGUCUAGCUGUAACUUCUGCUAUGCUAGUAACAACUUGUUUAAUGUCACUUGUAAUUGCACUGUACUGGGAGAAGAGCUGGUUUGCAUCAGUAUGUUUCUUGCUGUUCUUUGGAUCGAUCGAGGCCAUAUAUCUGUCAACAAGUUUGGUGAGCUUCUUCCGAGGCGCCUGGUGCUUAAUCAUAUUAUUUUUGCUCUUCAUGACAACCAUGGGUGCCUGGCACUACGGCACCCUGAAAAAAUAUGAAUUUGAUGUAGAGAACAAGGUUUCAGUAGAGUGGCUGACGGAUUACAGCCCAGGUCUCGGGGUCUCCCGGGUGCCAGGCAUUGGCUUUGUCUACUCUGAUGUUGACACGGGAAUUCCUGCAUUCUUUUCCCAUUUCAUCACAAACCUCCCGGCUUUUCAUCAAGUGCUGAUUUUCGUGUCUUUCAAGUCCUCACCAGUGCCAUACAUUCCUGAAAAUCGUCGAUACCUUAUUGGCCGGGUCGGCCCCAAAGAGUACAAAAUAUACCGAUGCAUAGUUCGUUAUGGAUACUGUGACAAUGUCAGGGACACGGAUGACUUUGAGGAUCAGAUAAUAAGCUUGAUCGGAGAAUUUAUCACCAGGGAGGAAUACGAUUGUGAAGCAUUGAGUUCACCAGAAGGAAAGAUGAUCAUCUUGGGAAGCCCAAUGGAGGAUGGAAACGCUUUGGUCACUGUGGCUGAGACGAGCUCAAGUACAUGUACUCCAACCAUUAGAGAAAGUGAAUCUCAGAGGCAUUUGUUAGACAUUCCAUCAGACAGCGCUAAUCCUCCCAUCACUAGGAAAAGAGUUCGGUUUACGCUGCCUCCAAAGAGCCCCCAGAUGCGGGCAUCUGUAAGGGAGGAGCUUCUAGAAAUCAUCGAGGCAAGGGAAAGUGGAACGGCUUAUUUCUUGGGGCAGUCCCAUCUGUUAGCAAGGAAGGGAUCAAAUUUCUUCAAGAAAUUCCUGAUAAUGGCAUAUGUUUUUCUUGACAAAAACAGCCGGGAGCCUCCGGUGGCGCUGAACAUUCCUAAUGCUGCUCUGUUAGAAGUUGGGACACUUUAUACACUAUGAGCUGGUUGUGUACAUAGGAUGAGAUUGUUUCUGCAAUCGCCCCAUAGUGUUUGGUCAGUUUUUAUGGCUUUGUGAUAAAAUGUAACCAAGUUGAGGUGUCCUAUUCAGGGCCCUGAAAAAGUUAAUAUGACUACAUUUAAAGAAACACUUAUAAAAUCCAAAAUUAUGAUGUCCGGAGUUUA